AAUUUGUUUAUCAAUUAAUUUCAUUAAAUUCCAAAAUGUGGACGUUCAUUUUAGUGUAUUUGAUUUUUAGUGUAACAGCGGAGGAAGAGGAAUUUAAAAUUGUUAAAUUGGAUUCUGGAUAUGUGAGAGGUGAUAAGUAUUGGAAUGGGGACUAUUAUGAAUUUUAUGGUAUUCCAUACGCCUCAAUGCCGACCGGCAGGAAUAAGUUUAAGGGUCCAGAACCAGUGAAACCAUGGGACGACGAGUUCUAUGCAAACAAAAAUAACAUACUCUGCCAACAAUGCUACUUAACCGAAGAUACGGGUGAUGACGUCUUGUUAGCGGGAGAUGACGAAUGUCUCACUAUGAACGUGCUUGUACCAUUAGCAGUGAAUGAAAAUAAACUAGCUCCUGUCAUUGUAUACAUUCACAGUGGAGCGUUUUCUGGCGGAAGUGGCAAUAUGGCCAAAUUCGGUUACCUUGCUAGACAUGAUAUUGUCGUUGUUAGCUUCAAUUACAGAGUAGGUGCAUUUGGUUUUGUAUGCCUCGGUAAUGAAGAAAUACCAGGUAACGCCGCCUUGAAGGACCAAGUAGCAGCUUUACGAUGGAUCAAAGAGAAUAUACGCAAGUUUGGUGGAGAUCCCAACAAAAUAACACUCGCAGGAUUCAGUGUUGGAGCGACUAUGGCUGAAGUACUUGCUCUAUCUAAAGAAACGGAUGGUAUUAUCAGUCAGUUGAUCUUAGAAAGCGGGUCAGCAUUGUCACCAUUUGCAAUCAAUCGUGAUCCCGUAAGCACAGCCUGGAAUAUAGCGCAAGCUAUAGGAUACAAUGGAACAGCAUCAAUGGAAGAUUUAACAGAAUUUUAUCUAAAUGCUGAUAAUAAAGACUUGGCUUUCCACAGCCUUAAUUAUUUUCUAACGAACAGUACGUUUGGAUUUGCUCCAUGCAUUGAAAAAAUUAAAGAAGGAGCAGUCAUUACUGAAUCACCACUUGACAUCUUAAAACGUGGUGACUACAAAAAAAUACCUGUUUUAACUGGUUUCUCAAAUAUGGAGGGCAUAAGUCGAACAAUCAAAUUCGGUACUUGGAGAGAAGAAAUGAAUGAAAACUUCGCUGAUUUCCUACCAGCUGAUUUGAAAUUUGAUUCAGAAAAGGAUAAAGAAGAUGUUAUAAAAGCUAUAAAACAAAACUAUUUUGACAAUAAAAACGUAACUAGUGCAAAUCUUGCAAGAUACAUAGAUUACUUCUCUGAUGCAAUGUUCAAAUAUGCUAUCAUGAAGUCUGCUAAAUUGCAUGCAGCUGUUUCAGAUAGGCCGGUAUAUUUGUAUGAGUUUUCAUACGUUGGAAAUUUAAAUAUGAAACAUAAUUAUAUGGACAGGAUAAAAGGUGCGAGUCACCGAGACCAAACAGCAUACAUUUUAGAUUUCUUCGGAUUCACUAAUAAUUAUAGAGAUUUAGACACUAGGGAAAGAUUAACGUCAAUGUGGAGUGAUUAUGUUCAAUAUGGAAAUCCCACAGAAUAUGAGAGCUCAAUUAUAUCAGUGAAAUGGCCACCCUAUACAAAUAAAGUGCAAACAUAUCUCGAAAUAAAUAAACGCCUUCAAUUAAAACAAGGUCUUUUCAAUGAAGAAUAUAAUUUUUGGAAUACGUUUUAUGAAAAGUAUUACUGGAACCCCACCACCGUUAAAGCGGAGUUAAACAUAACAUACAAUCAAGAAGAGACAACUAAAGCCAAGGAAGUUCCAUCAAAGAAUAUGCCAGUUCAAUCAAAACCAGAUAAGUUAGAUAACGCACAGAAAGCUCCAGGAACAGUUGUGAAGAAUGAUGAUUUGAAAAAAGAAGAGAGUGAAAAUAUUAAACCCGUAAGUAAUUUGAAAGUAACAAAAACUAUCAAAAAAUUAGACGAGUCGGGAAAAUUAGUCACAAAGGUUAUAAGAGACGGUGUUGAAACAGUAAUAGAAUCUAAGGAAAAAACUGCAAAAUCAAAUGAGAAAGAUCAAAACAUAAAAGUAAAUAAACAAGAACAAGUAAAAACAGAUAAAGUUGUAAAAAAUGUUGAACCUGAAAAGCCAAAAGCAGAAAAAAUUCAACACAUUAAAAAAAUCGAGAAACAGCAAGAAGUAGAGAAGCCAAAGGAAAAGAAACAAGAAUCAGUUAAAAUAAAUGUAGAAAAAUAAAUACUAUAUUAUUAUUAUUAUGUUAAAAUAUGUAAGAUCAAAGCAAUAAUUCUCAAAAAAGGGAAAACAACAAAAAUUAUAAAUGUACCAAACACUGUGCAUUUAUUUUUUCCUUAAUACGAAAUAGCUUGAUAACUAAGUUUCACUAAGC